AUGCUCCUUCCAAAAUUCACCCAAGGAAAGGAAACAAGAUGGAGAGGAAAUAAAGCAAAGGAUAUUGGCAAUGGUUCCAAGUUGCUAUAUAGCGGAGUUGAUGAAACAGUAAGAAGUGAUGUAGGGAUUGUCAUCAGUAAAGAAAUGAAAAGAAAUAUUGUGGGCAUUGAAAGGAAAAGUGAGAGAAUAAAGAAAGGAAGGUUGUGCUGUGGUGAUCAUAUCUUGAAUGUAGUAAGUGCAUAUGCACCGCAGACCGGGUGCAGUGAAGAGGUGAAAAAUAAGUUCUGGAGAGAUAUGGAUGAAGUCAUGACAUCAACAGAAAUAGAAGAAAGGUUAGUUUUUGGGGGAGACUUGAAUGGACACAUCGGGUGUAAUCAGGAACAUUAG